AUGGCAAGGCGCAACAGUGCAAAGAAGCGUAGGUCGGGGACUGUCGGUUCUCUGUUGUGGGGAAGCAACCACUCGUCGUCAUUUCCAAGUGAAGAGUUUGGCAUGGAUCCCACUGAAGUUUCCGUAGGGGACGAGGUCUCUUCCGUUUCUUCCAAUGAGGAUGCGAGCCAUGCCACUGCCACUUCGACAAGUACCGCCAGUAGUGUCUUUUCCAUCCGCAAGAGUUCCAUCUUGUCUGUUUCGUUGAGAGAUUUGUGCCGAACCCCCUGGAAAGUCACGCUUGGCUUGGCUGCGUUCCUGGACUGUAUUUCCACCGUCUUGCCGGGUCGACUUGCCGUCCAUGAGCAACGAGGAAACAAAGCUUCCUGUGACGCGGAGCUCGAGUUGUUUGGCCAACACAUUAGCGUGACGAGCCCCAAGGUCGUGGAGGCGAUUGCUUGGCUUGACCAGAAUGCCGUGUACUUUGGCUUUUUGUUUUCCGUGCUUUGGUGCAUCCAAGCCUUUCGUGAUGCCAGGCACACACGAGAAAAAGCCAUGAGAGAGCGUGAUCGCAGGAGGUUGCUCCAUAGAGGGGACAGCAUUGCCAUUCUGGAUUCCAAAGAUGAACUUGUCAAGUCUGGGUACUCGGAUGGUUACGGACCUUGGCUGGCAUUUUAUGCCACUUUGAUCAUGCAGUUGCUCUUUCUGCCCGUGGGCUUUUACGUGAUGCUGUACCAAGGAUUCCAGCUGGUCACGUCGGGAAAGAUUUCCAACCUGGAGGAAGCCAUUCAACAUGUGGACAUCAGCAAGGAUUCUGAUGAUCAUGACCAGACCCUGCAGUCCAUCCUGAACAGCACCUAUCAGGUGGUCAAUGUCUCCAUGGCCGGCCAAGACUUCACACAGGAUUCAAGACUCAGUGUGGUCUUGCUCAUUGCAAAGCAUGCUGGUAGCACCCUGUACCGGCUAGUUGGAGCAGCUGUUGGAGCCAAGGCCAAAAGGUGGGCGGUCAAGAAAGGAUUCAAAGAAGGCCGAAAGCUCGGGAUCGAUGUCAUCAUCCGACCUCGUAGGGUCUGGAGAAAGGCACGCAAAGCUAUCCGCUGGGUCCGGUGGGGGAAGUAUCUAGCUCCCCUCAUUGCAACGGGGAACAAGCUCCGGGAAAACGUCGAAGAUUUGCUCAAGAAACGCAGACAGCGCCGAGAAGCAGUCCUGGCCCAGAGGAUCCGCAAAAUCCUGUGGAAGGAAAUGACCCAAGAGGAACGCCAGGAAAAGGCUGCACGUGGAAUCCAGAGCAUGUAUCGAAGCUACAUGGUCAGAAAGGCUAGAUGGGCUCUAGCUCUCAUCCAGUGCCGAACAGAUGAGUUGGCUGCCAUUCGUGUCCAGUCAAUGUUGCGAAGGAGCUUGCAGCGUGCCAGGGCACGAAUUAGGCAGAAGCGAACAGAACUGCAGGAACUAGAAGCCAGAGAGCGGCGUGUUAUGCAAGGUGAUAGACGAUUGGCAAUGAGCCCCUAUGAGCGUAAACGUCUGUACCAGCUCCAGGAUGAGAUGAAGGCAACUACAAACAAAGACUCUAUUGAUAGACGCCUUCUACUGCGCCCCAACACUUGGUUUGCCGUGGCAUGGAAAAUAACCUUUGUGUUCUGUGUGCUGCUGGAAAUUACAGAUUUGGCAGUGAACCCUCUAUUGGCAAAGCAAAAAGACAAGGCCACGGGGAAGCCUCUUACUCUCUCGACCAAGCUUCAAAGUGUCAUGAUCCCCAAGCCUAUGAUCGCUCGCAAACAAUGCUCCUGUUCUUCUAGGGAGCUCGAAGAGCUUGAUUCUUGGAUCCUCUCAUUGUCCACACCCCGACAAACCCAAUGCCCCUCAGAUCCGUGGUUCUGUCAGCCUCCAGUCUCUGCAGCACAAGCUUUCUAUACAGCUGUCAUGCGAUUUGUGCUCGAACAUUUCAUGGUUAUUGUCAGUAUCGUUGUUUUCUUGGAUGUGCCUGUGUACUUCUACACGGGAGAGCUCUGCCCAGACACAGGUUCACUUAUUCCAAAGGGUUUCUUUGAUCGGUGGAUUGCCCCUGGCAUCUUACUGCAGCUAAUUGUGAACCCUGAGAUGGAAACGGUGAGCAAGAAUGUCUGGAGUGUGCUCAUGGGAUCCAUGAGAGCAGGCCCCAUCAGGGUGUGGCGCUGGGUAGAGGCUCUGUUUUAUCCAUUGCUGGUUUUCAUGUUCGGUCUUUUGGAAUUCAAGUUUUGGAUUCCAGCUGUUGCAACAGUGAACAAAGGGCAAAUUGAGAAGCCAGAGAUGGAGCUUGUAUCGGAAGAAUCGCCCCCAGCAGUUCGCCGUCGGGCCACAAUGAUGCGGAGGACGUCCUUGAUCUCCUCCUCCUACUCCCCACAAUCAAAUCUCUUGAAAAGGACAGCACGAAGGGCCUCGUGCGUACAGCCCAGAAGUUCUGCUUUCGUGUCCUUUGUGCAACCUCGAAGGUCGUCGAUGUGUGGUCGUAUCUCAAUAAUUGAUGAAGAAACGGAGAAACUCAAGCUGCUUUAG